AUGCGGAUAAAAGAUAAGACACAGUCUAAGAUAGCAGGUUUUUACGAAUGUAGCAAGAAGGAAUCCUAUUUUAGAGAAGAACUUAGCAUGGAAACAAAAACCAGGAAAUACAAAACAUUUUCUGUUUCUUCUGGUGAUUAUUAUUAUUAUUCAGACAUGCAAGGCAUCUGCAGAGUUUCUAAUAAAAGAAAUACAAGAAAUAGAAAAAUAUACAAUUAA